GUCCUAUAGACAGUAAACAGUGCAUGACUGGACUUGUGCUUGGAUACUAUAUGUUUAUUAUUAUUGUGCAACUUGUGUUUGCUGCUAAUGACAUGAUUAUAUUUGUCAGAUUGAACUUUGGCUCAAGGGUGAGUGUUGUUUGUGGGAUGCUUGUUUUCCAUUCAGAUUAAAGGUGAACAUUUUGAUGUAUUUACAUUCAACCAACUGUCUCGUGACCUUUAGAAAGCCCACAUCCCCCUCAUAGCUAUGUCUCCACAUGACUGGAAAAUAUAUUUUGUCUGGUAACUGUGUGAUGGCUCUUACUUGUAUAUACAGUAGAUACAAGUAGAUAAAAUAAGAUGAUCACACACUGUUAAGGUAUGAUAUGCAGUUAUCAUUGAAUCUUCACAAGCACGGAAACAGUGAUAACAUUUGACCUCAAUCCUCUCAACACCCCCAAAGGAGCACAUAGUGACUCACAAGCGCUGUUGAGAUGAUGUUGAAAUUCUACACUGUUGUACUGUAGCAAUACUUAAUCAUACAUGGAACACAGCAGUUCAUUUAUUGGGCAAACAUUGGUGGGAAAAGGACAAUAUGUCUCAAAUUUCCAAUCUAUUAAAAUAGCAAACUAAUCUAGUAGACAUUCAGAAUGACAUUGAUCACACUUUCAGAGUCAUGUUCAAUCAUCUGGAAAAGCCGGCGGUUUGUCUUCUGAGAUCAAAAUAAAGGAGAAUUGCUAUAGUGAAUACAUGCUGAGAAUUCAGGGACAUCCCGCUCACCAUGACACAGGCUCUUUUCGGUUAAUGUCUAUCCCCCACAGGGACUUCCUACAGCUCACCACUGAGCAGAAACCAACAGAAACAUGAUUCAUGAGGACUGUCUCAUCCCUGGGAGUAAUGAGUUAGCCAUUUUUUAUGACAACCUUAAAAACAAGGCUGGGAAAUUUGUCAUGUUAUGAAAGGUUUUUUUUAUGCCCACUAAAAUCUCUUCCCAAACAUUUCCAUUUUGUUUCAUUGGCUCCUGCUAUGUGAACUUCAAUCUGAGUUCAUUGCAAGCCUAUGUAAAAAAAAACACACACAGAAAAUCAACUAUUGACGCAACUUAUCUCCCACAAUCACACAGUCUGUGGGUAAAACAUCUCCUCUUGCAAACCAACACACUGAUGUGCACACAAACCACAGUUUCUGCACAUCUUACUUUCCAUUUCUCUUCAGGAAGCUCCUGCUUUGUGCAGAGGGGCCUUAGACGUCUGUGACAUGCAAAUGAGCUGUUUGAACUGUUUUGUGCCGUGCGAAGCGGCAAUGCUUUCCAAGCCGGUGGAAAAACGUGUGUAAUUGUAAAUGUCAUCAGUCUAUAUCUCCCAUGUACAGUUAUACUCCCUCAGAAGAGCUUCUGUUGGAGAUAAACGACUGACAGAGUUUGAGAGGAGCUUUUUAACAUUCGCUGAAAUGACACCAGGUUCACAUCACACACUCUCCAGGAAAGGGAUUGAACAACAUUGCUGUAUGCUCUACAAACAACCCAAAGCCAGAUGUGAGAAGAUCUGCCACUUUACAGAGUCAAGGACUAAGGAUCAGAGACAUACAAAAUCCCCCUGCUUCAGGAACUGUCUGACUUUUUGCUUCAAGGAGCGGGCGAGGAUGGAGCAAAGGGAACCGCGCCUGGAUGUUGAAGGGACUGAAGGAGGACUCAGGGAACUGGCCUCAAAGUGGUUUAUAGACACUCAGUUACCAAACAUCGUCCAAAACGGCUUCUUCCCCAGCUGGUUCCAGGGCUUCAUCACAAGGAAGGAGGCAGAGGAAAUACUCAGAGAAAAGGAGCUGGGCUGUUUUCUGAUCCGUCUCAGUAAAAAGGCCAUCGGAUACAUUCUGUCUUAUAAAGGCGGGGAUCGGUGUCGACAUUUUGUGAUAAGCCAAAAUGAAUCAGGGAAGUUUGUAGUGUUUGGCGAAACUAAAGGCCACGACUCGGUCUAUGAGCUCAUAGAUUACUACCAGACGAACGCCAUUCAACCUUUUGAUGAGUACCUGGCAUCUUCCUGUUUUGAGGCACUUGACAAAGAGCUGUAUGACACAAUCCAGGUUAGCCCUAAAGAAAGGCCUGUUGGAGCUGUGAAGAACAUUCAAACACCACAGAUUAACUCAGCGAAGCUUCCUGCCCUUCCACGCAGGAUACAAGAGGAAGUUCCUCCUUUGCCUCGGAGGAGCAGGAACAUGGACAUUGGUCCGCCGAAUGACCCGGAGAAGGCUCUGUAUGCUCAGUUUAAGAAGCAAACACCCAGGGAGAUACCAAGAUCCCAACUCAUCUGUCAGGGCAAUUUCCCUGGAGAUAAUCCAGUGAGACCUGGGAGAUCAACAACUCAGGAUCAGAACAGCAGGAGCAGUUCUCCGUCUGGACCAGAGUCUGUUUACUCUGAGCUUAGCCUGCUGGAUACCAAGAGCAGGUCUCUACCGCUUUUGCACAACAGCUGUGAGGGAGAGCAGUCUUACAGGCUGAGUGCACCCCCCCUAACGCCACCAAGACUUUCCCCUAAGCCCGUCAGACAAGCCAAUACUUUUGGUCCGCUGCCUGAGGGCACAGACUUUUGCAGCACUCAGGAUCACAUGAGUGACACUGCUGUUUAUCACCUGGCUGGCAGAGCUAGCAGCCCACACAAUGCAUCUUCUGGGACUGGAUCUCCAGAGCAGCAUAGGGAUACAGUGUACGCUAAGGUCUCCAAUAAAGGCCACUUCUCUCAUACAUAUGAGCAGAUUCCUGGCCACAAGGACACAGUGACACCUGAACCCGACAGCAACACUUACGAGCCUCUGAAGAACGUCAGACCCAAAAAUGGUCAACACACCUGUGGGUUUAAGAAUGAUAAAUGGAAAUGGCUGUUCCCCGAGAUCAAGAAGAAAUGGUGAUGUGCUUACCUUACCAGCUACUAAUGAAAUGUUCACACAUUUUUCUCUACACUACAGUGGUCGUGCCGUGCAGUCACUCUGUGAAACAACAUUUGUAAUAUUUUCAACCUGGGUCCUCAUGUUCAGAGCUUAACCAAUGACAUCUGAUGUCAUUUCUAUUUUAAAUACAUUUAUUUAAGGAAACAUUAUAGUCUAUUGCCUUCAUCACAUGUAAAUAAACAACACAUGCAAAAAUAAGAACUCAUUAUUAUUUUCCUCAGAGGAAAAAGGAUGUACUGUGUUUCUACUGCUCUUCAAACACAUUUUGACUAAACCCUGCUCCCAUCAAUGUUGCGCUUCACUGACAGGAAACUUUAUUUGCAUACAGAUUACAAACACAUGUGUAUGGCAGCAAUGGGGAAGUGUGUCAGAGAUGUUAAAAUAACAUUAUCUUCCAUCACCUGCUUCUCCUAUACUCUCUAGAUAUAGUGUAAGUGUUUCCCACUCAGACAACAGUAUGAUCUGUGAACACAAAUGUGCUCCAUGGUCUGGUUUCAAUGCCAGUGAUGAAAUGCACCAGGAUAUUUUAACCCACUAAAAUAUUAAACAUUUCAGCUAUAAGAAUGCCAACAAUAUGUUGACGUUCCUAACAUAUUCCUCCCAAAACUAAAAAACAAAAGAUUAUAAAUUGACAUAUUCUUAUAAACACAAAAACUAGAUCUGAUCUGUGCCCUAUUUUGUACAAUAGGGUUUCUGCACCUGAGAAUACCUCCUCAUGCUAACAGAGGAAUACACCCCUUAGGUUAGCAUAUAUACUGUAAGUAGUAUGUUAAAACACUUAUCUAUAAAACAUUACCAUUCUACAAUGUUUUUUAUUCAUAUAUUUGCAAAAGAAAAGAUGAAUUAGCUAUUGUAAUUGCAAAAAGUCAGAACCCAGGAAAUAUUGGUACAUGACACAGUAGCACUGACUUUCCCAAGAGUCUCUUUAUCGAGCAGUUUAUCAGACCUCCAGCGUAAGGAAUAACAUUAAAUCACAAUAAACUAAAACAGACAAGAUCCCAUUGAGUGAAAUCUGUAUGAGUUUCACACACCGUCUGUUCACAGAAACAGUUGCGUACAGUAACCGUUGCUUUACAGCUCCAGUAUCACAUUGCACCAGAAGCUUCUCAGCUGGAAUCAUAAUUAAACAGAUGUUCUCUGUGAGACCAGUAAUUAAUGAAGCCACACAAUCAGCACUGUAUUACCCUGAAUAUUCAAUGCUGCCCUCAUAAAAGCAACUGGAGAUAAUGGGGGAAUUAACUGCCUGCUCUGAUGGCUGCACACUGUUUAACUGACUUCAAUGUAUUCCCCUUUUUGGGUAAAUGAAGACACUUAACAUUUACUUUUUUCCUAUUAUUCAUAGCUGUCAGCGUGCAUGAGAACACUAUCCAUCAUGUAGCUAUAUUCGGUACAAUCAUAUUUUGGUGUUUGCCAUAUGUAUGUCAUUUUUUUGUCUGCUAUAACAUAUAAGAUUAAGCCUGAAGAAUUGACUUGUUUGGUUUAUUUUUACCAUUUGCUAAAAGGAAAAACAAUUCCCUCAAAACACAAUUGAGUUCGGAUGGCUUAUGCUAGGGGAACUGACAUUUCAUGUUGCUUUAGCCUACCUCUAGUGUCCAAAUGUCUACGUUCUAACUGUUCUGUAUUCAUCAGCACAAAAUAAACAGGUCAUAUUUAUUUUAGCAGCUAUGGCAGAAAGGUGUCAGACGACUCAGAUUUGACUGUUAGCUGAAAAACACGACGUUCUGCAUUUAUGGAUGCCCGACAUCCGCUUGCACAGUAUGACUCACUGGUACAAGUUGAGCUGAAAACAUGCUGUACAAAACCAACAUGGCCCUCCAUAUGUACAUG